ACUGAGCAGGAAGCUGCAGUUCAGAACAGCAGAGAAUCAUUUUACUUGAAACAUGUCUUCAUCUUUAUCAACAACAGCAGGAAGUGUGGUGGUGGUCACCCAUGUGCACCCAGUACCUCAGGGUGCUGGACACCAACUUUGUGUGGGCACCCAGAAGUUCAGCAAGGGCCGGCCGCUGGUGCUUGGGACAGUUCAGAUCAUGAUUGGCCUGAUGGUGCUGCUGUUUGGAAUAGCUAUGGCGAUUAAUGCAGAUACACUGGGAGUUUACAGCGGCAUUUUCAUGUGGGGAGCAUUGUGUUACAUCACAGCUGGAUCUCUGACAGUGGCUGCUGGGAAAUCUUUCAAUCGGUGUCUGGUGAACGGCGCUCUGGCUGUCAGUGUUGCAGCAGCAGUUGUUUCCUGUACUGCAACCAUCCUCUAUGCUCUGGAUGCUACAGGAUUGAUGAUCCAAUGUUAUGGCUCUGAUUCCUGGAAAAAUUAUUGCUACCCAUAUGUGAUUCGGAUGCAGGGGGUUUCGGGGGUCUUGGCAGUUUUCCAUUUAUUAGAGCUCAUUGUUUCAGUCACCGUCACAGGAUUUGCCUGCAAUGCUACUUGCAACUGCAACACAGAGAAGCCAUCAAUCGUGGUUGUACCUGGAGAUGUUUCAGUAACUGCACAUGAUCUGCCCAAUUCCCAAGCACCAUCUGUGUCACUGGCUCAGCUCCCCUCACAGGUCAGCUGCCAGAUGGUGAGCUAUUCUAAAAACCGAGAGGGACAAACUGACCCUCCAGCCUACAGUGCUUAAUCAGUUGAUUAGUCUGUCCACGCUGACCAUCCUGCUCUGAAUACCUGACAGCAUUAUGACCAACCAUCUCCCUAAACCCCAGGCUUUAACAUGCCUUGCUCACUGCAUGCUCUACAUGUACACCAAUUUUACUUUUUUUUUUUACAUUUAUUAACAUGCCAUUUUAAUGUUAACUGAAAGAUGGAAUAAGAUGAAAAUCUAAAUUAAAUCUAUAAUUCAUAUAUGUAAAAUUUGAUAUCAGACAUACUGAUGAUUUGCAAAAAUAAAGCUACUUCAAGAACAUGCUAUCUUUAAUAAAUGAUAAAACUAUUUACCACUGACUCACAAGAUAUUUCUUUUUUUAUUUAGGGAAGGGAGAAUAGCAAAGUAGAGUUGUUUUAUUUAUGAGGAGCCACAUUAGCUGCUACCCUUCACAAAAUGAUCAAAGUCAGAUAAUUUGGGGUUGAUUUAUCUAAGUUUGCGCAAAACCUAGCAUUACUUUAAAAAGGUACUCCAGUGAUUUAGCAAGUCUGGGACUCACACGUCAUAAUCUGUGCAGCAGAGGCAGAGAUAUCCUGACUGUGGGUCCCUAGUGUGGGUCAAGCUCCAGAAACACUGGAUCCUACACAUCCCAUUAUGCAACUUGAUUGUAACUUUAGUUAGACCCUCCCUGCCUGGUAAAUGCACACAUCUUUCAAACUGAGACAACCCUGAUGAAUCCAGAUAACAAUUGAAAUCACCCCCAAUCAGUAUAUGGCUUGACUCAUUAUGUGGGAUCAAGUCAAACAUCUUUCGAAAAAAAAGGAGGGUUGCAUGCGUUUGGCCCAUAAAUGUUUAACAGUAUAACAGCAAGUUAAUGUAAUGCCUAGUUAACAUUAUGGAUCUACCACUUGGGUCAAUUGUGGAUGAAUGAAGAUGAAAAGGUACAGUUUUAUGAAAAAUAAUGGUAUUUAUUUUAUAUGUUAGCCUAUUCUAAUAGGCUAUAAAUUUAAUUAUCUGUUAUGUUCUAUGUGUGUAACAUGAAGGGACUACAAACUUUCAUUUCAUUGUACAACCUUGUAUUGUAAAAUGAUAAAUAAAUUACCCUGAUACCUUGUAAUAUAUUAUGUUAAUUAAUUACAUUAAAUAUUUUAAAUGCA